AUGGCUUCUCUCAACCUCUCGUCCAACGGUCCCUCGAUAUCCAAGAGCUACCAGACGGUGGUGAAUGCACCUCCUCCGUCUACAGCAGGUUCGCCAACCUACGGCCAAUGGGCUGUCUUUUCGGUUUCUACUCCACUGGUCAGUGCCUUUCAGCAGGAUGCAGGCAAGGAGAGUGUGCUCAAGGUUCAGAGCUCCGGAGAGGGUGAAUUGGCCGAUCUCAUCGAGGAAUUCUCCGAAGGAAGGGUACAGUUCGCAUAUGUGAAAGUGACAGACCCAAAUACAGGUCUCCCUAAGAACGUCUUGGUUGCAUGGUGUGGAGAAGGUGUUCCUGAACGAACCAAGGGUUACUUCACUAGCCACCUGGCUGCGGUUUCCAAGUUCCUUCAUGGAUAUCAUGUUCAGGUUACUGCCCGGGCAGAUGGGGACCUAACCCCCGAGGGAAUUGUCCAGCGGGUGGCAGACUCCUCCGGCUCCAAGUAUUCCGCAGGGGAGUCUUCUAUCCCCAACGCCGCCCCCCGACCUCCUGUGGCCAGCAAGCCUGCUUUCACACCGACGAGAUCUGGAGGAAUCGCCCCCAACCCCGCUCGCCCACAGCCGGCCUCUACAAGAGCACCGGUGGACGAUGAUGGAUGGGGUGCAGAUGCCCCUCCAGUGACCCGGACUCAAUUGGAAAAGGUUCAGUCUGCCUAUCAGCCAACCAGAGUGAACCUGCAAGAGCUCAAGGCAAACCCCACAGCGACUCGCCAAGCUCCUGCCACGACCUCAGACGACGCUGGCGUUGUCAAGGGUGGAUACCAGCCAAUAGGCAAAGUUGAUAUUGCUGCCAUUCGGAGACAGGCUGCCGAAUCUGGCCAGCUCAAAGAUGAGCGCCCGGCACCUGUCAAGGGGUCUUAUGAGCCGGUCGGCAAAGUGGACAUUGCUGCUAUCCGAUCCAAGGCACAGAAGCCAACAGGUGACAGUGUUUCAACGAGCCCCGCUGUCAAUGAGCUCCCCACAACGCUGCCCGAGCGACCUGCCCCGUCCAACGCUUCAGAACGGUUGACAACCCUACCCAAGCCCAAGGUUGCCAAUAAGUUUGGCAGUGGUCCUUCCUUCCCUGGGACUAAGCCGCCCCUCCCGACUGGCCUUGAUACUAAGCCGAGCGCGAGCGCCCCAAUUGGUGUUGCAAGCCGAACAUUUGCCGAUGAAGGAGGAAAGACACCUGCUCAGAUCUGGGCCGAACGUAAGGCCAAGGAGCGUGGAGAGACUCCGCCAUCUCGGAGCGCUGAGCCUACUCCGAUUCAGAAUCAGGCCAGUGGUCAAAACGAGUGGAAAAGCUCCUACGCUGGCAAGUCAUGGGCCCCUGUUCAAACCACCCACGAGAAAUCCCAACUCCCCGAGCCACCCGUUGACGCAAGGGCCAUUGAUCAAGCGGAGGAAUCCCAGCCUAGCAUCAGUGAUAUCCGCGGUCAAUUUGCCCAUGAUACGCCCGCACCACCCGCUCCUCCGGUCCCGCAGGCCAGUCGCCCCGUUCCUGUACCUGGCCUAUCCUCUGGACCUGAGCCUGAGCCCGAGCAUGACGCUCAGCAAGUUCUCCCCGCGCCCCCGCAGCAACCUCGCUCCCCAACUCCUCCCACCCCACCAGUCCGCGAGAGCUCCCCCAUCCGGAUUGCUAUGCCGGUGGGUCAAGGUGUUGCCGACGCCCACGAGGAGCAGCACUCUCCACCCCCAGCUCUUCCCGUUCAGAGCCUCCAAGAGGCUGUUCCAGACGAACGGGACCUUGAGGAAGAUUCGCACGACCUUGGCCGUGCUGCGGCCGAAGCUACUGCACCAGAGCAACCUCAGGGCGGACUGCGCGCCCAAGUCCAAUUUGACUAUGAAAAGGCAGAAGACAAUGAGAUUGAGUUGCGUGAGGGCGAGUUUGUAACCGACAUUGAAAUGGUGGACGAAGACUGGUGGGUGGGUGUCAAUGCUCAGGGCGAGCGUGGUCUCUUCCCGGGCAAUUAUGUGGAGAUUGUGGAGGACGGCAAACAUGAAACUCAUGCGCCUGCUGCUCAUGAGUACGAGCCAGAGCCGGAGCAUGCUGCUGCCGUCCCUGCUCCUCCCACACCCGCCGCUGCCCCUGCGCCAGCGGCUGAUGUGAGCUCCAAGGGGCCUACUGCUACCGCUUUGUUCGACUAUGAAGCCGCUGAAGACAACGAGAUUGGCUUUCCCGAAGGCGUGAAAAUCACCAAUGUGGAAUUCCCCGAUGAUGACUGGUGGCUCGGUGAAUACAAUGGCGCACGAGGACUCUUCCCAGCCAACUAUGUCGAGUUGGACCAGUGA